GUUGAUCCUUUGUAUAUUUUGUAUAUGUCUAUAGGCUCGGUUUGUGUUCAUAAACUAUUCAAAUUCUGAUCCUUGUAUUUAAAUUAAUAUGCUAAAAAGCUGAAUUAUGGCGUCCAUAGUUGUUAAAACCGAACCACAGGAUAGCGGAAGUUUGUUUCAAACGUGUCGACUUUGUUUGAGCGAAGACUCGGUCGAGAGUGUAUUUAACGAAGAGGGCCUACAGCUAUGGAUUUCGGAAUAUCUUUCGAUAGAGAUAUCCUCAGAAGACCAUUUGAGCCAGGGUGUUUGCUCCAUCUGCCGUAUACAAUUGAUGGAAUUUCAUCAGUUUCGAGAACGCUGCCAUGAGGUACAAAGCGCACUGAAAUCCGAAAUUCAUACGGAAAAUGUUGAUGCUUUCAACGAAAAGGCUAUUAUUGAAUCCCCUCUAAAAAGUCACGAAGAUGAACUGUUACUACAAUCAUUUCAAAAUGUUGUGGCUGAUGAAUUGAUAGACAUAAAAGAAAUUAAAAUCGAAAAUCAUGACAAUAGAGAAUUUUCAGCAUCUUCUGGCACAAGUGAACAUACAAACGGAACGCAAGCUGCAGUAUUUCAAAUAGAUGAUGAUACCGAACAAAAUCACCAGUCACUUGAGAGCGAAACAUGUCAUGUCUCCACGGCACGGCUCAAAUGCCCUAUAAGAGUUGUAUAUGGUCCAAAAACCAUCGAAUGCGUUGCCUGUGGAGUAACAUUUACUAAUCGAAAACAGUAUAAUGUGCAUUUGCAAAAGAGAAGGCAUAUCAAACAAAUGCUUGGCAUUGGAGAUCACGAAGAAACUAUCACAAAAACAGAGUUCCAGUGCAUAAAAUGCCCUGCGUCUUUUCCGACGGAUUUACAGCUGUAUAACCACUACUGUAGAAGUCAUAAACCAAGGAAAUUUGCUUGCACCAAAUGUCCAAAAAAAUAUGUAUCCAAUCACGAGUUGCAAAGACACACUGCAACUGUUCACACGAGUGGAGACGAAAGACCAUUCGAAUGCAAUACCUGUCAAAAGACAUUCAAGCUAAAAGCCAACUUAUAUGACCAUAAAAAAAAAGUUCACGGCCCAAAACUGCAUCGUUGCGAUGUUUGUGGAGCUAGUUUCAGUACAAGAUGUAGCUUAUCCCGGCAUGUGGACAUUCACAAUAAAAUAAAAUAUAGACAAUGAAAUGGACUUCGGAGAGCGGUUUCGUUAGAAUAAAGACUUCAGCAGUAUUCUUCAAGUACAACAUGUACAAUAAACAUUUUGUAUGCAUAUCAGAUAGAAAAUCAAAAGUUUUCAUCAAAUUCCCGUCUGUGUAAGCACCGAUCAAUAAUGAUCGAUUUUUUGCUUGCACCUCGCCCAACGCCUCAGUAAAAAACAUUGUAAAAGUACUACAAUUUCCUCAAAAUAAUUAGAUUGUCCCUCGAAUUCUGUUACCGUCAAUGUCACGCCUAUUUCGGGCACAUCUUGAAUUCAAUUCUCGGCACACCUUCUACGUGACACUAUAGUACACAAGAUGGUCAAAAAUUAUGAUGUGAUCGUAGGUGUUUAUUCGAAAAGUCGGUUGAAUUCUUCGCGAACCAGGUCAAACAUGUGUUCGAAGUACUUCAAGACGAAGACAACUUGUUGUUUACAUUUCAUUUAACCGACGGAAACAAGUGAUUUGUUUAUUUAAUUGAACAGCUAUCGCGGCAGAGAAAUUCUGUAAUUAUUGGCUAUGUCUCGUCUGAUAUGACGGGAAUUAGCGCAUAUGACGAUGAAGCCAUUUCAUUUCCAGCGAUGGAAUAAUGGCCAGGUACUCAUAAACCAUAAGUAGGAAACCUGCUAUUAUUGAGUGCCUUUGUAGCGUAUCUGAUACGAGAUUCCACAAAAGCUGUAACAAGACUCCCCCUUGGGGGCAUCCACAAACAUUCAAUUUCCUAAUCCCUGCAAAACGCAAUUUCGAGAAAAGAUGUCGGUUUUUGAGCAUUUGGUAAAUCCAAUUGGAAAUCAUUGGAGAUAUACCACGAUUCCAAAUACUUUCUCAAUAUCGUAGACAACCUUGUGUAAAAGAGUUACAGGGACUUUCCAGAUUGGUAAGCAUCCCGAAUAAAAAAUACAGUAGAAAAACCGAACGUUGUAUUGUAACAGUACUAUUUAGAACCAUAUUGUUACAAUAGACAGCACUGUAAAAAUAAAAAUACAAAGACGAUAAGAUGUAAUGUAGACACCAUACAGUGAAUUGUAAAUAAGAUUUUUACAAUAUUAUACAGGUUGUUAAGUAUCGUAACAAUACAAAACAAUAUUUUUCUCCAUAUAUACGUUACACCCGGACGGCGCCCACUUCCACCAACAUAGGCCACCGCACCGCCCCUUACACCCAGGCGGCGCUCCUCGUCCAUCAACAUAAACAACCCGCACCGAUCGUUCAACCCAGGCGGUGCCACACAUUCAUCAUCAUAGGCAUGCACCGCUUAGCAACAACCAACAGGUUGGAUUUUGGCUGAUCGACCGGCAGUGACACCGAUCGAUACGCAAUCGUCAACGCAGCAGAAUCGAAACGGAGACGUGACCGACGACGCACCAACGGACCGGAUGGCAAACGCUGACGCUAGGUAUACGAAGUGAUAAAAAGGCUAGGGCACAGUGAAGUGACUUUAGUUUUAAGUGUGAAUUGUAGAAUCUAGGUUUAGUGUUUUUGAAUAAAUGUUUUUUUUUAUAAGUCUCGGCGAAGUCUCGCAAAGCUUAUAUAUAUUUGCAAAACCAUA